AUGUUAGACUUCUCCGACCAAGCGUCGGUCGUGUCCGGACAGACCGUCACCUCCAUCACCAUCCGGGCGGGUGACCGCGCUUGGGGAUAUCGGCACCUACAGCUCAGACAUUCACACAUGGAGGAAAUGGCGGAACCGACAACACUCUCGCUUGCAGAGGGUGAGAACAUCAAUUAUAUAGAGGCUCAUUGGGGCGAGAAGGACGGCCACACGAGAGUAUUCUACCUAAACUUCGGAACAAGUGCUGGCAACUCGGUCUCUGGCGGCUCACAGACCGACUCGAAGGGAUCAGUGUCAGCACCCGAGGGGUAUCAACUGGGAGGGUUCUUUAGACGUGACGGCGAUGAAAUCGAUACGCUGGGCGCUAUCUGGUCGAGUAUUCAAGCUGCAGAUGACACUCCAGGCACAGUCGCUCCGACCGACAUACUGGAUAGUACAGCAGGAUCAGCUUCAGCGGCAGCUCCGCCUGCCACCUCCGAACCUGCACCUACGGCCACUUCAGGUUCUAGCCCUAUGAGUGCACCAGCGUCUGCUACCGGAUCAGGAUCCGCACCAGCUCCAGCUCCAGCGGCUCCAAGUUCGCCCAAAUCGUCAGCAGGUUCAGGAUCUGCUGCUCCAGUAGCUCCAGCUCCGUCCGGAUCUUCAGGCUCCAGUGCCCCAGCGCCUUCCGGUCCUGCAGUGCGGCUCAGUGAGACCUUUGGUGGUCCCCAUGGUAACGAAUUCACGGAUCAAGCCGCCGCUACGUCAGGCCAGACUAUCACUUCGCUCUCUGUUCGUGGUGCCGCCCGCAUUGACGGUCUCACUCUUGAAGUUUCUGGACCAAAACCUCAGACGUUCACCCACGGAGGCACUGGAGGAGAUCCGUACACGCUCAAGCUCGGCGAAGGCGAGUUUAUCACGUCGAUGGAAGCUCACUGGGGAACGCAGACGGAUGAAAAGGGCUCAGUUACUGCCCCUGACGGCUAUCAACUUGGAGGGUUCUUCGGUCGUGACGGUGACGAGAUCGACCUCCUUGGAGUCGCUCAGGAACGGCAGCCAGUGCGGCAGUGGACGUGUCGGACCAAGACAUUGUACUCAGUGACCCCUCACGGCAACGCGUUCUCGGAUAUCGACUCGAUCAAGUUCUUGCAGACUGUAAGUUCGAUCACGAUCCGCUCUGAUAAGCGCGUGGACGCUAUCACGUUGCAAGUCCUGGCGUUGAAGCUUUACGACCACCGCGAGUUGAAGCUGUACGACCACCGCGAGUUGAAGCAGCACGACCAGCGUGACUGGUUCGUGAGUUCGACGACCUACUGGCUUCACGACGCGCAGCGUUAA